UGUAAACGGACAGACGGAUGUACAUUGUUCUCCAGCAAGAAGACCCCAGUUAAUCUUGUACUAGACUGCCUUCUGUUACUACAAGGUUCCUCUGAGUAAAGAGUAACGGAAUUUGCCAUCAUGAAGUGGUACCUCGCUCUCUUGAUCCUCGGAAUGGUCUGCGUGGCCCAGUGCAACAUCUACGACUAUCCAGAAGAAGAGCAGAUCGAGAAGUUGGAGGGUCUGCUACUGAAACUCCUUCAGCAUAGGCCUCGACCUGUCAUCCAGAUCAACGAGCAACUGCAUAUCAGAGCAUCCAAGUGUUGUAAUGCUGUGCCGAUGAUGGACUGCUGCUCCCCUUCUGACUGCUGUACUUUGGGUCUGGAAUCCUGUUGUAAAUAGAUCGUCAACAGUGCGCCAUAAAACGUGGUGGAAUUCCGCGCGGAAAUGAAGGAGAGAAGAGAUAGAUUCUUUUUUUUUAAGCAUCCUUUUGGUUUUGUUUUCGAAGAUAUGGUUUGUUAUUUGAGAUUUUGAGUAUUUGAAGCUUAUUAAAUGGAAGGAAAUAAAUUUUGGUUUUCUGUGGCAUCGCCUUCAAAGCCAUCCGGUCGUGUAUAAAUUUAGAUUGAAAAAGAGGUGUUUAUUGUGCAAUUUCUGAUAAAUAUAUAUAACUGACCAUCAUGCUAUCAGCGGCAUUUCUACAUUAAAAACUUUGAUAACAGGAA